AUUCGUUUUGUAAUUGUUAUAGUCAAUAGAAAACAGCGAAGAGAAACGGUUGUGAAAGUUGUGCGGAAUCAAAAUGGCAGCUUUGUUAUAUUUGGUAAUAUUCCUAAUUUGUGUCCUGAUACACUUUCUGCAUCGGAAAUUUCAACACUGGCAGCGGAAGGGUAUUCGCACCUGGCAGGCCCACCCUCUUAUGGGUAACUGGAGGCAGCUGGAGACCAUGCAUCACACCGAGAUUUUAGAUGAAAUUUAUCGGCGUUUCAAGCCCACAGAAUCGGUGGCUGGUUUUUAUAUCUACACCCAACCGGUGGCGGUUUUAUUGGAUUUGGAUUUAGUUAAGGCAGCUCUCGUCAAAGAUUUCAAUGAAUUUUCCGAUCGUUUUGCCUAUCAAAAUAACAAGGAUUUGACAGCGGACAAUCUCUUCUUUUGGGAGAGCCAUAAAUGGCGUUCGUUGCGCGGGAAAUUUUCCACAAUUUUCACACCGGCCAAAAUCAAAUACAUGUUUCACACCAUUAAUGCGGCCGCCCUGCAAAUGGCCGAGAGUGUGGGCAAGUGUCUGGAGAAGGAGGAUAUUUUAAAUAUGAGCGAUUUUGGAGGACGUUUUACCACCGAUGUCAUUGCCAAUUGCAUUAUGGGCUGUGAGAGCCAUAGCUUGAAAUUCGAACACAGUGAUUUCCACGACAUUGCCCCCGUGACGACGGGAACAACGGGAUUCAAUGUCCGCUGGAAGCUGUUUGUGGAGACCUAUGUAAGCCUCCUCGAAUCCAUGGGCAUUCAUGUGACAAUGUUCCCCCAGAAAUUGGAACAUUUCUAUAUGCACCUGCUGAAGAAUAAUUUCAUUGAACGUGAAAAGCUGAAUGUGAGAAAGCAGGACUUAUUGGAUUUGCUAAUCGAUUUGAGGAAAAUCCAGGAUGAAAAUGGAAAUCCGAUAUUGACACAUAGUGAGAUUGCCUCGAAUUUGUUUUUAUUUUUUGCGGCAGGAUAUGAAUCGUCGGCCAAUACCAUCAGUAAUUCAUUGUGGGAGCUGGCCAGGCAUCCGGAGCUACAGGAUCGGGUGCGUGAUGAAAUACAUGCGGUUUUGGAGGAAUUCAACAAUGAGCUGUGUUACGAGGCCUGUAUGAAAAUGACUUACUUGGAUCAGAUUAUAUCGG